AUGGACCCGCUGGCCAGCAACAUCCAAGUUCUACUGCAGGCGGCCGAGUUCCUGGAGCGCCGCGAGAGAGAGGCAGAGCAUGGUUAUGCGUCCCUGUGCCCACACCGCAGUCCUGGCCCCAUCCAUAGGAGGAGGAAGCGACCCCUGCAUGUUCCCGGCGCGCUGGACAGCGGGCGGUCCGUGCACAAUGAGCUGGAAAAACGCAGGAGGGCCCAGCUGAAGCGAUGCCUGGAGCAGCUAAAGCAGCAGAUGCCCCUGGGGGCUGACUGUGCCCGAUACACCACGCUGAGCCUUCUGCGCCGUGCCAGGAUGCACAUCCAGAAGCUGGAGGAACAGGAGCAGCGGGCGCGGCGGCUCAAGGAGAAGCUGCGAAGCAGGCAGCAGAACCUGCAGCACCAGCUGGAGCGGCUCCGGGGACAGGACACAGGUGAGCGGGAGCGGCUGCGGGCAGACAGCCUGGAUUCCUCCGGCCUCUCCUCCGAGCGUUCAGACUCAGACCAAGAGGACCUGGAGGUGGACGUGGAGAGCCUGGUGUUUGGGGGUGAGGCUGAGUUGCUGCGGGGUUUCAGCGCCGGCCAGGAGCACAGCUACUCACACAGCGUGGGCACCUGGCUCUGACGCUCGCUGCCUCCAGUGCCCUCUGCUCAUGCUGGGCUGAGUCUGCCAAGCACGGGCCUCCCAAAGCUGCUGAACCACCUGUUGGAAUGGACUAAAAUGGACCCUUUUGUGGGAACAGGUGCUCCCUGAGCCCUGCUGUGCAGCUCGGGCCUGGCCCACCCUCUCAGGUGUUCUCUGUAGCACUUGGCUCUACUGUCCCAUAGGGACAAG